AUGUGGGAAAGCUUAGCCGAAGAAACCACAUAUGUAGUAGGAAAUUCUAAAGAUUGGAGAACAAUUGAGAAUUUGGCAGAAAGUCAUCCAUAUGUCGUAGCGAUUCUGAACUUAGCAAAGGAUUGUGUGUGCUCAGGAACAGUAAUAGGAGAAAAAACAGUCCUGACUUCAGGAGGAUGUAUCAAACCUAAACCUCAUUAUAUAGCAGUUGGAACAGCUGUGUUUAACAAUAAGCUGAAUAAAAGCAUAAUCCCAAUCACAUAUACAAAGACACAUGGAGACUACAUAUUCGAUGUCCAGGAGAUAGAACUGAAAGUAAAUCGUAUGAACAAUAAUAUUGGCUUAAUAUUUGUCUUGCGUCCUAUCCUAAAUUUGUUUCUGGAAAGUGCGGUAAUAGGUAAUUAUUAUGCAUCUCAAUUUAACGAAAAGAAAUUGAUAAUGGUCGGUUUUGGGUAUAUUAGAACUUCUAAUACAGUUGUAUUGCAACACCAAGCUUAUCAACAAAUAGGUUGUAUGAAUCCGACCUGGUUUUACUGUAUAUGUGGCAUUGAAUAUUCUCCUGUUUCAUAUGAAGAAUUCUUUGGUAAAGGAGCUCCAGUAUUGCUGGAUGAUGCAGUUGUAGCUAUUGCUGCUACUCCUUCAGGAUCACUAACUCUAAAGAAGAACAUAAGUUAUAAUAUUUUUACAGCUAUUGCUCCUUAUUUGAGAUGGAUUGAAAAGGUUUUUGUAAGAACUAUGAGUCAGAAGUGGAUACCUUUGAAAAAAGUGGGGAUUAUUGGUGUGCCAUUUGAAAAAGGACAGAAGAAAUAUGGAGUCAGCGUCGCUCCAGCAGCUUUGAGGUCAGCUGGUCUCAUGGAACAUCUCAAAGAAAUAGAUGGCAUAGAUGUAAAAGACUACGGUGACAUCGAGAUCCCCGCAAGCAACCAGCAAGUUAACGUAGAUAACAUGGAACAUCUUUCCCUAGUGUCUGCUUGUAACAAGAAUGUUUCUGAAAAAGUGUCAGAAGUGCUGAAAGACGGGCGAGUAGCAGUUACCAUUGGUGGUGACCACUCAAUAGGGCUUGGGACUGUCGACGGUCACUACAAAGUCGACGAAGACAUGAUUCUCCUUUGGGUAGACGCACACGCAGAUAUCAACACAAAUAAAACGUCAGGCUCUGGCUCAGUCCACGGCAUGCCCGUAGCGCUCCUCGUCAAAGAACUGUCGGAUUACUGGCCAUAUCUACCCACUAUGGACUGGCAGGUGCCAAAGUUUUCUAUAAGAAAUUUAGGCUAUGUUGGCUUGCGAUCUGUAGAUAAAUACGAAAGGCUGGCAAUAGAAAAAUACGACGUGCCAGCAUUCACAAUGGCUGAUAUCGACGAUUUCGGAAUCCAAAAAUCUAUAAACCACAUAUUCCAAAAAAUAGACCCAGAAGGCAAAAAACCUAUUCACGUGAGCUUCGACAUUGAUUCCAUAGACGCGAUGGUAGCACCCAGCACUGGCACGCCAGUUCCCGGGGGCCUAACACUCCGAGAAGCUAUCAAGUUGAUGGAGAUAAUCCACGAAACCGGCCGACUGCGAGCCAUUGAUCUCGUGGAAAUUAAUCCGGCUCUAGGUAAUGACUCCGACAGAAAGAGGACUAUUGAAGCAGGGCUAUGUGUGCUGAAAGCUGCCUUGGGUUUCUCUAGGCGAGGCACUGUGCCACGCGGCGUGCUCGACCUCCCUGUACAGACACCCCCGAAA